CGUCCCUCAGGAUCUAAGCUGUAGUAGUGUCGGGGUCGGCCAGCUGAGCCGCGAGAGGAGGCCCCGGAGCGGACUCGGAGGGAAACCGCACUCCCCACAGCAGGCAGCCGGCUCUCAGCGAAGAUGGCGGGGCCAGAGCUGCUGCUGGACUCCAACAUCCGCCUCUGGGUGGUUCUUCCCAUCGUGAUCAUCACUUUCUUCGUAGGCAUGAUCCGCCACUACGUGUCCAUACUGUUGCAGAGCGACAAGAAGCUCACCCAGGAACAAGUGUCUGACAGUCAAGUCUUAAUUCGAAGCAGAGUCCUCCGGGAAAAUGGAAAAUACAUUCCCAAACAGUCUUUCUUGACACGGAAAUAUUACUUCAACAACCCAGAGGAUGGAUUUUUCAAAAAAACUAAAAGGAAAGUAGUGCCACCUUCUCCUAUGACUGAUCCCACGAUGCUCACGGAUAUGAUGAAGGGGAACGUCACGAACGUCCUCCCUAUGAUUCUCAUUGGCGGAUGGAUCAACAUGACAUUCUCAGGCUUUGUCACAACCAAGGUCCCGUUUCCACUGACACUGCGUUUUAAGCCCAUGCUGCAGCAGGGAAUCGAGUUACUCACAUUAGAUGCAUCCUGGGUGAGUUCUGCAUCCUGGUACUUUCUCAACGUAUUUGGGCUCCGGAGCAUUUACUCUCUAAUUUUGGGCCAAGAUAACGCUGCUGACCAGUCCCGAGUUAUGCAGGAGCAGAUGACGGGAGCUGCCAUGGCCAUGCCCGCAGACACCAACAAAGCGUUCAAGACAGAGUGGGAAGCCCUGGAGCUGACGGAUCACCAGUGGGCCCUGGACGACGUGGAGGAGGAGCUCAUGACCAGGGACCUGCACUUUGAGGGCAUGUUCAAGAAGGAGCUGCAGACGUCUAUCUUCUGAAGCCGCAGCUGGGAGCAGCUGUGUCGGGCACCUGAAGUAGCGCUUACCCUUGUACUUUGACUGGAGCUGGGGCCUCUGAGGGUAAAAGGAGGAUGCAGGGGCUGGCGGGCGUGCA